CACAGUAUCCCUUUUAGCAGUAAGACUCAUUGCUAAAUUCACAUGAAGUAAAGCUCUCUUGCAAGGUUUUGGAAAUUUUUUGUUUAGCUAAGUUGGAUUGGACAACAAGGUACUUAGCCAGCCAAAGCCACUAUGCCAGUCCAAGUAUCACCGUUAAUCAGAGGUGCCAGAUGGUCAGCAUUGUUUGUAGGUGUUACUUACGGAGCGGUACAUAACAGAACCAUUGGUAAACGACGCAGAAAAGAAGUUGCUAUUAAUGAAAAGAAAGCUGAGGAAAUAGCACAGCUAAAGGCUGCUCAAAAAGCAGCUGAAGAAGCUGAUUCCGCCCCCUUAUCAGAGCUAACUUGCGUAACACCGGCUUGGCUAAGGAAUAUCAAUGACUCUAUGUUUCAAACGUUUUUAUUGCAAAUCAGCGAUGAAUACGAUUGAUUUCUUUUGUUUACAUCUUAAAUAUUUACAUUUUAUCACAACUAUUAAUGUUCGUGAAAAAAGCCUUGCAUUUUAAACGUUGGUGUUGUUGCUUUGCGACGACGUUUUUUAACAUGAUCUUAAAAAUUUUGUCAGUUCUUGUGAAACUCAAUAUUUUACGAUUUUUUAUUAUAAAGCAAAAUGUUAUUUUUGUUACCGGUCUUAAAAACUGAAUAGACUACAUGUAAUUCACUACAAACUUAUGUCCAGUGUGUGUUGCUGGAAAAAAUUAAAAAUUAAGUAACUGAAUAUAAAAAAUCCGAUAAAGAAUUUACAAGGAUUCUUUAAGGAUUUUAUAAAGAAAAUUUUUGUAUAUUGAAACACAUUAGAUUGUAAAGUGUUUAUACCGUAUCAACAACACGUCAUCUUUAUAAAUUCGUGUUUUAUUUUCAUUUCAGCUCCAAGCAUCCUGCAGUGAUCCAAGAUUUUUUAUAGUCUGUAUAUUAAUUAGUUCAAUACAUUAAUAAUAUUA